AUUCAACAUAAUUAUCAAAAAAACAUAGAUUGUGUUCAUUUCAUAAUCGUUCCGUUCCGUCUCAGCCUGCCAUUCGUAUUGUACCUAGUAAAUUCGUUCGUUCGUAUGGUAUGAUUCGUGAUUCGUCUGUCUGCGCUGAUUUCUGUGUGAUUCAUGAGUUGUACAGAAAUUGUUAUUCUUAUUUCCGUGCCUGAAUAUUUUUCACUUUUUCAAAGUGCAAAAUGGGAGGAUACUAAUAGUAAUGACAUAUUGCUCCUUCGACUUAUUACUAAAAUAGUUCGUUGAACCGAAAGGGAAAAGAUGGAGAAUAACUUGAGCCGUAGUGGCAGCCGAUCGAGCUCCGUAUGUGAGCUGGAAAAGGACUUUAGCGACAUGGAAAUUAUGAAAACUAGGACGAACCGACGUAACGUACUGCUCCGAACGCCAGCCGCGCGGAAAGCAAAACGAGUCAGAUUUUUUAGAAAUGGUGAUAAAUUUUAUUCAGGUGUUAUAAUUCCAGUCUUGCCAGAGAGAUACAGGUCUUUUGAUAGUCUUACAGCAGAUCUAACAAGGGUUUUAGUUGACAAUGUAACUUUGCCAAGUGGUGUCAGAGCAAUAUAUUCACUUGAGGGUAGAAAAAUAGGCAAACUGGAUGAUCUAGAAGAUGGGCAAUCAUAUGUCUGUAGCGGAUUUGGUGAACCCUUUAAACGUCUAGAUUAUGAAGCCAGUGCAGUGACCCCUCAAUCUUUCAGACUCAGUGGCCCAGAGUCUUUGAGUGAUAGCUCAAGUCCAUCCCCAGCUCGGGCUAACAACAGAUUGUCCCGAUAUUUGCAGGCAAAUGGUAGUAGUACUACCGGCAACGGGACAGCAAGAGUAAGCCCUGCUGGAGACAAUGUUGUAAGACCACGCAUAGUUACUAUUAUACGUAAUGGAGUGAAACCACGAAAGGUGUGCAGAUUGUUACUCAACAAACGCAACAGCCCUACUUUGGAACAUGCACUUGCUGCUAUAACAGAAUGUGUAAAACUAGACACAGGUUGUGUCCGUAAGGUGUUCACAAGAACAGGAUCUGUUGUCACAGCAUUGAAUCAAUUCUUUGAAGUUGAAGAUGUGUUCUUUGCGUAUGGAAAUGAGAGGGUUAACCAAGAGGAUUUUGAAUUGGAAUUUGAAGAAAAUAAGGCUGUGCUACAGUGUAGAAAAACUCCUAUAUCAAGAAAUUCAAGGACUGGCCCAAAACCGCGUAUGCCAGUGAAAGCGGGUGGUGGCGCAGCUCGAGCGGCCAGUGAGGCAGGUGCAGGCGCAAGCGGCGACGUUUCUGACGAGUCGACAGCCCCCUUACUACCACAACCUCUAAGACUCAAGUACAGCGUCGGCAGAAUCAUAGGUGACGGCAACUUCGCUGUUGUACGGAUAUGUAAAGACAAGACCACUGGAAAGGAAUAUGCCCUCAAAGUUAUUGAUAAAGCCAAGUGUAAGGGCAAGGAGCACUAUGUGGAAGCUGAGGUUCGAGUGAUGAGGAAGCUGUGUCAUCCACGAAUUGUAUCUCUAAUCGAAGAACAGGAUAGUCCUGAGUGGCUCUUCCUUGUAAUGGAAUUAGUCAGUGGUGGAGACUUGUUUGAUAGUAUCGCGGCCGCUUCCAAAUUCUCUGAGCCCCAAGCGCGUUUGCUAAUCGGCCACUUAACAUCUGCUAUCGCAUAUCUACACUCGCUUUCUAUAGUGCAUCGUGACAUCAAACCCGAAAAUCUAUUGGUGGAAGUGGGUUUGGACGGCAGCAUACGCGGCCUGAAGCUGGCUGACUUUGGUCUGGCAGUUGAAGUGUGGCGACCACUCCACGCGGUCUGUGGCACUCCUACAUAUGUAGCACCUGAAAUACUACUUGAGACUGGAUAUGGAUUAAAGAUUGAUGUUUGGGCGGCUGGCGUGAUUUUAUACAUAUUGUUAUGUGGAUUCCCUCCUUUCUCAUCUCCCGACGGUGAUCAAGAGAAGUUGUUCGAUGCGAUCUUGUCGGCUCGGUUAGAGUUUCCCGCCCCGCACUGGGAGCGCGUGUCUGCGGGCGCCAUCGACCUAGUCGCCAACAUGUUGCGCCCACAGCCAGAGCUGCGCUUUGCUGCAGAGGACGUACUCGACCACGCCUGGAUGGCGGAUGAUUAUGACGAAAGCUGCGACUUCCGCACGUGGUAUGAUGAAGACUCUUCAUAGCUGGGCGAGUCACGCCGUGAAUCGAUGUCGGCGCCCUUGUGACGACGCGUUACCGGCCAAGCAGAGUCUUGAACUUAUUUGAAUCUACGCUACGGCUUUAGCGUUUAGUGCUGUUCUAAUCACAGCGAUGUAUGCCUUUCGAUAUGUUAACACCAAUACCAAAGUUAUUAUUUAACAUAUUUUACUUAAAAAUACUGCAUGCAUAAAUAGUUUGUGUAUUUAUAUAUUGUUUGGUGCGAACUCCGGUGCAGUAUUAUUGUUUUUUGGUUUUGAACUAUUGUGUUAUCUUAUGUUGUAAGACAAAUUCUUAAAAUGAUUUCAUUUCAGCGAAAUAUAGUAUGGGUAGGAUACAUGUGUCUCUCUUUGUAUAAGACCAGCUAUUUUCUGCAAAAUAUAUCGGUCUUUGUUGUAUAGUUGAUAGCAUACGGCUUAAUAAAUUGUAAUGUAACUAUACAUUUGGCGGAGUUUACGCAAACCUAAAUGCGCUGUUCAACUCCUUUGUUUUCUGCGUCGAUGUCAGCCAGUGAGUACAAUAUUUCGCUUUUUGAAUGAAACUGACAAUUCUGAAGAUCUCUAGAUUUCUCUUACCGCUUUAUUAGCUAUUCAGUUUUAGAUUUAAAGAAAUUAUAAUAUUUAUAACGGAUAUUUUUAUUUAACGAUAACAUUCUGUAAUAUACGAGUAAUAUAUCUUAUUUAAUUAUUUGAAUGAAUUCAUAUUUACAAAUGUAGAGCGCAAGGUAAUUGUAAUGUUUUUUUUUUGUAUAAUAUGAAUUGCUUGUAGGCAUAUAUUUAAUGCUAUUGCUUCUAUCAUUAUAUCUUAAUCAUAUCAUUCACUUCUCGAUUAAAACAUUCCCCUCUUGUAGAAAGAAAUCAACAGUGGACACAGAUGAAUGUAAUCACUUAUGUAUUAUAUGAAUAUUAAACCGCAAAAAUGGUGCUAGCGACAGCGAUAACAUUUUUAUAUAAAUGUAGUUAAGUCUAUUAUAAACAUGUCCUUGAACACAAAUAAAUCAAUUAAUUAAAUAUUUUACUUGUUGUGGAGGACAACGCCUUUUUGGUAUUUAUCUCUUAUCAAAUAAUAAUGAUAUUUCUAUAAGAAAUGUCACAUACAAUCUAGCCAUUAAAUUUGGAAGAUUAAAAACGAUUGGUAAUAGGAAGUUAGUGAAAUGAGAGUAGAAAUCAAAUAUAAUGUAGGACAUGAUGGGAAAUUAAAUAAUAUCCUUAUUCAAUGUGUUUAUUGUAGGUAUUGAAACAAUAUUGGUCCCUGUUGCAGCACAACAUGUAUCAUGAAAACAGUUUUAGCUUUUUACAUCAGCACAUGCUUGGCGUUAUAGAAGCUGGAGCUUAUUUUAAAUUAGAUAAGUGCCAAAUUCAUUUCAUUACUGCAUAAAUAUUUAUCAUAAUUCACGCAGGUCGCAGCAAUCAAUGUUCCUCUCGAAUAUAUGUUUUUUUUAAUAUCAAAUAAGUUAUUUUUCAUAGUGUUAAUAUAUCACUGAGCAACACCAAAUGCAAACCACAUUAGACUGAAUACAUUCCUCCACAGUAUGACGAUAUGACACUAAAGCUUUUCAUCACAAGAGUAUUGAAAUAUAAAUAUCUCGGUACUUGGUGAUAAAUCUGUGUAUGUUUCCAUUUUGUAUUUGGUGGUGUUUGUAAUCCACACUUUUAUGAAAUUUUAUAAAGAAAUUUACUGUCGUGAUUUAUACAUGAUCAGACUUGCCUAGAUAGGUACCCCAAUUUUUAAAAAGGACUUAUUACUAAAGUUGUAAAUGAGAAAUACACAAAAAGAUAUUAAAAUGUGUCUACAAAUAAAAUAUCAGUCGAUUUCAUUGCAUGUCAGUCAUAGUGAUUCAUAAAAUUUUAUAAUGCAUUUAGACAUGAUAUGUUCAUUGAGUAAAUGAGAGAAAUAAAUUUAUAAAAAAUACAGUGUUUAUUUUAUUUACAUUUAAAUUCAUUUCUUUAGGUACCUAUAUAACAAUAACAUUAUUUAAGGACAUAGCCACUUAACAAGAACCCACUUGAUGCAUUCAUUGUAACUUCUGGAUGAGUUCUAUCAGGCAACACCUGAUAAUUUCUCAUCCAGUUACAUGUCAGUUUUAGAGCAGCAACAUUGCUUUGCAUUUUUAACUGCAUGUACAGCUGCUGUAAUGGCUCUGCAACAUUAUAGUAGAUCACAAAUGGUCUGCCAGGUUUAACAAAACUCACUAAUUCAUUAAAGAUAUUUUGUGGAUCCUCUUUGGAUGCUAUUACUAAGGAAUCCAUCUUAUUUUGCAAGAUUUCUGAGGCAGCUAUGUUAUCAAAAUGCCAUUUUGGCUUUUUAUUUUCUCUUGGAGGAUCCUGAACAUUUGUAUUAUCAUUUUCUAAUGAUUCAUUCUCAUUAUCUUGCUUAAUUUUCUUGGAUGGACAAUCUUCAGAGUUAGUCUCAUGUUUUCUCUUCAUUGAUGUUUGCUCUGUGCCUUCUGCUUUUUCUUCUCGAGUUGCAGAAUUAUUUGUAUCACAGCCUUGAUAGAAUUGCCUAAGUGCUGAGUAUACAUUAACAGAAACACAUCUACUUAGCUGUUCUUCAGGAAAAUUCAUAGCUAACAAUGCUUGUUUUUGUGACAUGUUACCAGGAUGCAUGUGUACUAGUUUACCAGUGGUAUUCUCUCCAAUAGCACUCAAUAAUGCAGCAGCCACUAACCCAUUAGAACCAGAGUCAUACAACAGGUGGUUUCCCUCACAGUGGAUAUUUACCAUUGUAAUAAUUUGUGAUAGUGUGUCGAUCCUUAAGUUCUGAAUUUUAUUAGGCUCUAAUUUGUACAUAAUUUCACUUAUUAUUCUUAAAUUAGGUUUUAAUAUUUGAAAAUAUUCAAAAUAUUUUUUUUCUUUUUUCCUCAAAUACUUAUCUUGAGAAAAUUCUGUUUUGUUAUGAAAUGUGUUUGAAUUGCUGAUUAAAGUUUCCACAAUAUCUGAUGCUUUAUUAGAAUCACUUUUGAGUGUUUCAAUGUCAGCUGCUGAUAACUUUUGUGACCGUCCAUCAUCAAGUAUGUUUCUAUUAUCAUUACCAGAUACUUUUAUAUCAAUCUCGUCUGUUAACUUUACAGCUCCCUCUGCUAACUCAACUGUAAAUUCCCUUUUCUUCUUAUUAUAUUUAGGAAUCAAUUUGAAUACUGAAAAGUAUGGGCAGCCAGCCAGUCCAUCUAAAUAAAUAGUAUCUUUUCCUAAGUUUAUAGUGGAAUCUGAUUUAUUAAAUUUGUGCAGCUUUUUAUAGUUAUGCUUCUGUAUAACAAUAUAGUCACCAAUUUUAAUUUCGUUCGACAUGCUGCGGUUAUUUAGAGGUUAGGUUAUGUUAUUGAUUUCACUUUAACGUGGAUUCUGGGUCAGUAACCCCUAAUACGAAAAAAUAUUUAUAAUUUUACUGUAUUCGCUCCAAGUAAGAAAUGAAAAUGGGAAUGGGCUUAAUAAUUAUCGCUGUAACAAGCACCAUUCUACGUACAAUAC